CCCACAGUUGAUCACGGAAGUAGAGCUGACACGUCACGGACCGAAUGAAAGAUGGCGAGCACCUAUGAGAGUUUUAACUUGCGCACUACAGCAGAUAAAUUUUACAUCGAGGCUUGUGACGAUGACUCUGUGGACGUGUUGGCCAUCGAUAGGGUGUCAACUGAGAUGACGCUGACAGUUAAGAGGGACAUUCCUACAUCUGCUGAGACCAGGCCAAUAUGUGGACUCAUGGGGACGAUACGCUUGGUGGCAGGUAGUAUGUACCUGAUCAUCAUCACAAAGAAGAAGAAAGUGGGGGACCUUCUGGGCCAUGCUGUAUGGAAGGCUCUGGACUUUGAUGUUGUCUCCUAUAAGAAGACAAUACUACACUUAACAGAUAACCAGAUGUUAGACAACAAGACCUUCUUGUCCAUGAUCAACAAUGUACUACAUACAGACAGCUUCUACUUUGCAACAGACUACGACCUGACCCACACUCUGCAACGCCUGGCCAAUACCAGUCCCGAAUUUCAGGAGAUGAGCCUUCUGGAGAGGGCAGAUCAGCGUUUUGUCUGGAAUGGCCACCUCUUGAGGGAAUUCAUUGCGCAGCCUGAGUUACACAAGUUUGUGUACCCUGUUGUCCAUGGAUUCAUCAUCAUAAAGUCGAGCUGCAUCAAUGGGAAAUUGUUUGACUGGAGUAUUAUCUCCAGAAGGAGCUGUUUCAGAGCUGGUGUCCGCUACUAUGUCCGAGGAAUUGAUUCAGAGGGCCAUGCUGCGAAUUAUGUGGAGACCGAGCAGAUAGUGCAGUACAACAGUUCUAAGGCUUCCUUUGUUCAGACAAGAGGCUCAAUACCCUUCUACUGGUCCCAAAGGCCCAACCUCAAGUACAAGCCAAGACCACAGAUCAGCAAAACAGUGAACCACUUGGAUGGAUUCCAGAGACACUUUGACUCACAGAUAAUUCUUUAUGGGAAGCAAGUCAUUUUGAAUCUGAUCAACCAGAAAGGCUCAGAAAAUCCACUAGAGCAGACUUUUGAAAAGAUGGUGGUCGGGUUAGGAAACGGCACCAUCAAGUACAUAGCGUUUGACUUCCACAAGGAGUGCAGUCGGAUGCGGUGGCAUCGUCUGCACAUCUUGUUGGACAUGGUUGCUGAAAUCCAGGAGGAAUUUGGGUACUUCAUGGUGGAUUCAGACGGGAAGGUAUUGUUAAACCAGGAGGGAGCUUUUCGAAGCAACUGCAUGGAUUGCCUGGACCGUACCAAUGUCAUCCAGAGCCUGCUUGCCAGACGCUCACUGCAAUCACAGCUGCGGAAAAUGGGGGUCCUCCACAUGAACCAGCAGAUUGAGGAUCAAGCAGAUUUUGAAAAGAUGUACAAAAAUGCUUGGGCUGACAAUGCUGAUGCCUGUGCCAAACAAUAUGCAGGCACUGGAGCAUUGAAGACCGACUUCACCAGGACGGGGAAGAGAACUCAGUGGGGUCUGCUGAUGGAUGGCUGGAACUCCAUGAUCCGAUAUUAUAAAAACAACUUCUCGGAUGGAUUUAGACAGGAUUCUAUAGACCUGUUCCUUGGUAACUUUGCUCUGGAUGAAGCUGAUUUGGCUACACCAUUGCGUGAACCCAAAGAUUGGAAGUUUCUGACAUUGCCUAUCAUCAUGGUGGUAGCGUUCUCCAUGUGUAUCAUCUGCUUGCUAAUGGCUGGUGACACAUGGACAGAGACUCUUGCUUACGUCCUGUUCUGGGGAACGGCCAGCGCGGUCACUUGCGGCCUCAUCUUCUUCAAUGGGCGGGACUUUGUCGAUGCUCCAAAGCUGGUCCAGAAAGAAAAGCUGGACUGAAUGUGUGCGUGUGGAAAGCAGCUCCGUCCUGGCGAGCUCACCACCUCCUCCUCUGCCACGUUAUCGCUUUACCCCCAGCAGCAUCAUCAUCAGGCCUGGAGCCUUUACUAGUACAGAGGGUAAGAGUCGAGGAUGGUGGGGAGUCAGCAGGGCCACCCCGUGUACGACCAGGUGCCUAAGACCGAGACUGUGCGUGCGCGGACCUGCUGCUAUCCACACAGCUGCAACACAGGGACAGGACAGUCUGACACGGGCUGUCAUGUACACUGAACUUCUGGAGUUGGCGCUUAUCCAAUGUCACUGUACCUGUUUUUAGAGGACAGCUCUGGGAUCUUCAUCGGAUUUCCCGUUUGUCCCGCCACCUCUUCAUUGGGAUCAAACUCAGAAAAGCUGUAAAUGAAGUUACGUUACAGUAUGUCAGGUUUGUUUUUUAAUAAAUCAUCAGCGCAAUAUUAUGAUAUCCAGUAAAAGAGCUGAAUCAAAUAUUUUGCCUUGCCUAAAGAUUUUAGUUUGGCUCAACACUUUUCGAUUAUUGUUGUACUUUGUGGUGGGGUCAAGCUGUACUGCGGCAUAGUGAGUGCAGUUCAUAAUAAUAAUGGCAACUAAAAACAUAGACACAACUCUGAUUAUGCAGUUGUACACACACCAUUGUUAAAUGACUACUUCUGAAAUUGUCAAUCAAAGCCAAGCAUUAUUGAUAAUUGUAUUUUACAAGUAUUUGGUGUAUGUCCCUGCUUCAACACUGUAUCAAAGGGUGGCUUUCAGUACUAGAUACAAUUCUCAGAAAUGCUGCCUUAAAUAAUUAUGUGCAGUAGUUAAAUAGUGCAUCAGCAUAUCUUAUCGGUCUUUCAACCAGUCCUUUGUAUAAAUAGGUUUAUAUAAAUAGGUUUAUACUUUUUGAAGAGUUUACUAUGUGUCAUCAGUCAAUGGUCAUUCUACCGUAUAACGUGUACAGUGGGGCAAAAAAGUAUUUUGCCAGCCACCAUUUGUGCAAGUUCUCCCACUUAAAAAGAUGAGCAAGGCCUGUAAUAUUCGUCAUAGGUAUACCUCACCUAUGAGAGAUACAAUGUGGGGAAAAAAAUCCAGAAAAUCACUGUCUGACUUUUAAAGAAUUUGUUAGCAAAUUAUGGUGGAAAAUAAGUAUUUGGUCACCGACAAACAACCAAGAUUUCUGGCUCUCAUGGACAUGUAACUGUCCUCCACUCGUUACCUGUAUUAAUGGCACCUGUUUGAACUUCUUAUCAGUAUAAAAGACACCUGUCCACAACCUCAAACAGUCACACACCAAACUCCACUAUGGCCAAGACCAAAGAUCUGUCAAAUGACACCAGAAGCAAAAUUGUAGACCUGCACCAGGCUGGGAAGACUCUGCAAUAGGUAAGCAGCUUGGUGUGAAGAAAUCAACUGUGGGAGAAAUUAUUAGAAAACGGAGGACAUACAAGACUACUGAUAAUCUCCCUCGAUUUGGGGCUCCACGCAAAAUCUCACCCCGUGGGGUCAAAAUGAUCACAAGAACGGCAAGCAAAAAUCACAGAACCACACGGGGGGACCUAGUGAAUGACCUGCAGAGAGCUCGGACCAAAGUAACAAAGGCUACCAUCAGUAACACACUACGCCGCCAGGGACUCAAAUCCUGCAGUGCAAGGCGUGUCGCCCUGCUUAAGACAGUACAUGUCCAGGCCCGUCUGACGUUUGCUAGAGUGCAUUUGGAUGAUCCAGAAGAGGAUUGGGAGAAUGUCAUAUGGUCAGAUGAAACAAAAAUAGAACCUUUUAGUAAAAACUCAACUUGUCGUGUUUGGAGGAGAAAGAAUGCUGGCUUCCAUCCAAAGAACACCAUACCUACUGUGAAGCAUGGGGGUGGAAACAUCAUGCUUUGGGGCUGUUUUUCUGCAAAGGGAUCAGGACGACUGAUAAGUGUAAAGGAAAGAAAGAAUUGUGCCAUGUAUCUUUAGAUUUUGAGUUAAAACCUCCUUCCAUCAGCAAGGGCAUUGAAGAUGAAACGUGGCUGGGUCUUUCAGCAUGACUGAUCCCAAACACACCGCCCGGGCAACGAAGGAAUGGCUUCGUAAGAAGCAUUUCAAGGUCCAGGAGUUGCCCAGCCAGUCUCCAGAUCUCAAACCCAUAUAAAAUCUUUGGAGGGAGUUGAAAGUCUGUGUUGCCCAGCGACAGCCCCAAAACGUCACUGCUGUAGAGGAGAUCUGCAUGGAAAAAUGGGCCAAAAUACCAGCAACAGUGGGAGAAAACAUUUGACCUCUAUUAUAUACCCUUUGUUGGCAAUGACAAAGUAUUGAGAUGAACUUUUGUUAUUGACCAAAUACUUAUUUUCCACCAUAGUUUGCUAAUUCUUUAAAAAUCAUACAGUGAUCGUCUGGACUUUUUUU